UCGGCCCAUCUGGAGAUCCGUUAUCGCCAGGCACACACCCUGCCCCGUCCUCUCCUCCCCCUUCCCCCCACCUCGACGAACCGACGGUUUCCCCGGCCAUGGCUGCUCCGCCGCCGCGGCGAACCCCGAACCCCGAGCGCGGCAGCAGGAGGAAGGGCGAGGACCCGUGGCUCGCGGCGAGCCUUCGCCCGGGGAAUUUCCUCCCGGGGCUCGCGAUUGGGUUCCUCCUCGGCCUACUCGUCGACUUGACCUCCUCAUGGAGGCCCCAAUCGAGUCCACCGCUGGCUCCGGCUGCCCCGGCGCCGCGGGGCUCCAAGCGGACGGGUGGUUCGUCGUCCGCUGGCGGGGGCAUCGGCGGCGAAGAGCUUAAGAUGGUUUUGGUCGUGCGUAAGGACCUCAAGAUGCGGGCUGGAAAAAUAGCUUCUCAAUGUGCUCAUGCAGCAACUGGUCUGUAUGCAGAACUGAUGGCAAGCAACCGGGGUCUUUUGAGACAGUGGGAGCAAUUUGGACAAGCUAAGAUUGUUUUAACAUGCAAGAAUCAGCAGGAAAUGAAUAGGAUUAAGGAAACCGCAGAACAUCGAGGUAUCCCAACAUUUGUUGUCGCUGAUGCAGGACGAACACAGGUACAAGCUGGGUCUAAGACAGUUCUUGCAGUAGGGCCAGGGAGGAAAGCAGACAUAGAUUCAGUUACUGGGAAGUUGUCUUUACUAUGAACUGCAUCUCAGACAUGACACACUGAUUCCUUCAAAGAUUCAAACCAAUUGUCGGGUUCAGUUGACGGUGGUAUCUUAUGCUUGUAGUCCCACAACAGGAGGUCAGAAUCCUUGGGAUGCUUUACCCAGUUCUCAGGCUAACUCUGAAGCAAUUCUUCAAGAUCCAGUUCUAGAGUGGCUGAUUCAAAAUUGCCGUUGGUUGUAAUCUUUUCCUCCACAUGUCAUUGUAGUCUACCCACAUGUUAGCGCAUUCCAGCGAGUGGAUUUUACUUUGGGACAAUGAACAAGUAUCUGUAGUUUCGAAGUAGUAGGUUAUCACCUUCCUCAAAGUAACGGAUCAUAUGUACCGUAUGUCCAGAGGAAGCACAAAAUGCGUAGAGGUGACUUGUCUUGUCAAACAUCCUUGGUGUGAAGCCUCUUGCUGUGAAAGUUCUGUAUUCCCAAGUUCCCAACUAGUCCAUAUCUACUGGGAAUUGAAUCUCUUUCUUGCAGAGCUGGAACUUUGUGCACUAGUUCCAACAAAAUUAGAUUCUUGCAAAUAUGGAAAUAUUGUAUUGUAGGAGUAGUUCCAACAAAGUUCGAUGAAAUUUCUCGCCCUUUGAACAA